GGGGAGUGAAAGAGAGAAAGGAAGAAAAGGUAGAAGGGGAGAGAAAAAGAGAGUGAGAAUCUGCGUGUAUCUGGUGAUUUGGCAGAGGGGCGAAAUCGCAAGUUGGUGCUGCAUUAUAUAUUAUAUAUAAAAAGAUAUAUAUUAUAUACAUCGUGUUACAAUAGUGCAGUGUCGAUUGCUGUUAUGGUAGCGGGACCUACAAAUACUAACUUCUGUGCUUCCAGGUAGGCCAAGUCCAAAUCAUUAUUCCUUUGGAUAACUGCAUUCUUUGUACGUUUGGGCACGCGCGAGCUUAUUUUUCGCAAAGUUUUAGAGUAGUUUUAUAAUACUUUUAAAACAGUGAAAAGGAUUAUUUUUGACUUUUAUCAUAUGUAUGAUAAAAGUCUAGGAUUGGACCGCCGCGCCGCGUCACAGCGCCAAUCAACUUAUAAAUACUUAAUAUAUAUGCAUAAAAUACGUGUCUAACGAAACGUUUGCUCAAACCGUACCAAGAUCAGUCUAAUUGAAAGUGAAAUCGUGCAGCGUACAAAGAUCUUAGCGGUUUCAUUAAAAAAAGAAAAAAACAGGUAUCUCACUAAUUCACUUUCAUAGUGCGAAACACGCUGUUGAAUAUGGUCGACUGUAUACUGGCGCAUUACUAAAUGAGAAACGCUUUGUGUGCUUCUAGAAACAUCUCUGCGGAUCUGCACGAUGUCACUCGUCGUAAUUGUGGAGUGGUUACAUAAUGGGCGCUCUUCUUUACGUUUGUACAUACAUAACGGACGAUCGUGGAUACUGCGAGUCCCUUUUUUUUUCUAUCAACGAUACGUUAAGCUCGAGUCCGCGAUAUUACAAACCGUAAGAGAUAACUGAUCUCACAAAUCGGGUGAUUAUAGAAGUCAAAAAAAGGAAUCCGCAAAUCGCAGUGGAUUCUACAAGCAUGAUUGCUUCUUUUUUUCAUCUGCGUUGAUAUAAUUAAGCUACACGGAUCAUUUUGAUCGAACAUUGAUUGUCGUCCUUUUUCUUUCUUUCUUAGGGGGCACGAUGUUGCCACCACCACCCGUGGCGAUAUUUCCGCCUGCGGCUGCGAUGCUGCCCCGUGGCCCGCCGCAAUUUGCAACGCCAUAUCCGCCACCCAUCUUUUACUGGCCUUACCCUUCACCGCCGGUUAGCCCGACUAAUUAUUACACCCCCGCAAACGUCGGCGGUAUCGCGCCCAUUCCUCAGCAAGCUGCUCUGUUAGGGCCAGCAGAAUGUCUGCAAUUAGCACCCGGGGCAACGACGCUGCCGACAACCACGGCCACGGGACCUGACGCGCGUAUCGAGGCGUAUCUACCACGAGUGGAGUUGGAUAAACGCAUGGCGGCGUUGCCUCCACCGCAGACCGAGUGCAAUCCCUUCGUUGAGGUUUUCAUGGUUUGAUCACCUCAGCGGGAUCUUCUUGCCUGGCCCAGUUCCUUGCCUCCUAGACAUGCGAUCCCAAGUUGGCGAAAUGAAUGGUCGAUGAGCGCUUAGGACCAGCUAAAACGUGGAAUUGCGUGGAAAAAAAGGCGAUUCAAGGGUAAUCCUUGAAAGAACGAUCCUCAUUGUUGUCUUCAUCAACGAGGUUUAAUGAUAUUUUUAUUCUUUGAACAUAUCGUACGUAGAUGUAGAUGUACAAGGCAAAGUGCAAAUGUAAAGGUGUAAUUUUUCCUCUAUGCGUUUUUCCAAAGGAAAUCAUUCUCUUUCGUAAAUUUCCGACGCGCCGUCAUAGCGACGCGUUACUUUCUAGUCUAGAGAUAGAUAGAAGCCGUUGUGGCGUGAUACACAGCGGUGUCGUUUCUUUCUCAUCGUUUGUUCCGAAUUUUUCCUCUCCUGGAAUGAGACGAACCGUGUAUUACAUUCUCCUCCUUUUAAGAGUCAUGGCACAGAAAAACGUAAGGCAAUAUGAUAUAAGCAGUAAGCAAAUCAGCUAAUUUGAAUAGAUAUCUUACUCGUAUGGCAAUAAGCAAUAAAUAAAGCCAAAUUGCUUGUUGCUUACGUCUAAUUGCUUAAGCUUUUUGUUCGUCAUAAUCUUAAUUUUCCUCUCUUUUUUUUUGUGUGUAUUUUAUUCCUUUACUAUGUUACAUUCUCAUCAUUUCCCAUUGCAAUGAUGGCAAUUGGACUUCGCGUACUUUUGCCCGCAUCGAGUUGAAAGAGCUUGCGGGAAUAUAUACGAGCAACCGAGUUGCACACGUCUCGGGUUAUAUACAAGAUAAACAAAUUACCUAUUAAAUAGAUUGUAAAUAAUACUUAUAUUUACCGAUCGUUGUAAGCGAUUGUAUCGGACAAUGUUUAAAGAUGUAGUCCGUGCCGCGCACUCGCUUUUGCAAUUAAACGCGUCUGAUUUGUAUCAAAUAUGCCGUGGUUGAUAUUUAGAUCCGACAUUACAUCGCGGGCUAUGUCUCGUUAGUUGUUUCUCUUUCAAAUUUUACAUACGAUGUUUUAUG